AUGGCUGCGGCGGGAGGCGCUUCGAGUAUUAUAACCCAGGUCCAGCAGAAUGGUGGACCUCCGGUCAAUACUCUAGGAGAUAUCGGUGGGGAUGAGAAUGUCACUCUCGAUCUUCGGGGCACUCGAUUUACCUUGUCACGAGACGAGCUACUGACAUUGCCGGAAUUUGUGCUGUUGUCACUAUUUCCGAAUGGCCUUCUUCCUGAUGGGCAUUUAGGUGGGUUCCACGAAGGCGAUAUCUACCCCGUUGAUGUAAGCACGAUGCUGUUUGUUGUUUAUUUCAUGCAAGAAGCUCACAUAAUCUAG